CGUCGCUGCAACGGUCGGCGGCCCACCCGUCGUUUCGCCUGCCAGUGGGUCAUCAUUGCGCCUCCUGACGCGGCGCAACCUGGAGAGGCCACGUCGUCUGAUUCGGCUUCCUCCCUCCUAUAUAAAGGCCUCCGACCCCCUUCACUUCUCACUUUUCGCACUUCGCCUUCUAGAGCUUUCACCGGUCAAAUUCCUCUCUCUCGCUAUCCAGCCCUCCGAGCCAAGUAAGUUUCCCCUUCCUUCUCUACUUUCCCGGUCAUGUCUUCUCUUAGCGAUAGGAUCACUUCCUCUGAGGACUGCUCCUCUGAGGACUCUAACUCCUCUUCUUCGACCGGGUCUUCUUCUCUUGACUCCACGCCCGGUCAGGUUCCCAACUCCUCUAUUCCCGGCCCGCAUCCUGUUAACCAGAUGCCCAGUGAAACUUUCGUGGGGAGGGAUGACCCGGUUGAUGACGAACCGGGUCCCUAUGACCCUGAACACGAAACCCGGGAUGCGUGGGAGGAGCGGCUUCAUGCUGCCGGUUACUUUCCGCUCCCCACCUUCUACGUCCUUGACAUCCCUUCCCGUGUAUCCAAAAUCGCCUUGAACAAAAUUCUCCUACCGGGCGGGACUGGCUGCGAAGGUUUUGUAUUUUUCAAAGCCCGCACCGGUAGGAAGUUCAUUUCCGAAGUCCUCCAGAGUAACCGGGGAUGGAAGGAAAAAUUUGUUUUCAUCGAAUUUCCCCCCUUUGUCACUCCUUUGGCCGGUCUGAACUGGAACGACCAUCUGCUCGACCAAGAGUACACUGCACCGGCUUCUUCCCCAGACUUGGAAGCGAAACUUGAGGUCUUCAUGCGCGGGGAUCCUUUCACUGGGAGGAUCUUCCAUUAUGGCAGCUGGGUUUGGAGGGUGGAGUCGGGUGGUGAGGGUACCUCCCAGGCCCAUGAAGCAGCGGGGCGCGGGGUACCAUCCCCGGGCAACACUGCAGAGGCUGAGGGCCAGAACCACCCAGAUACUUUUUACUUUUCUUGUGAUUUGCGCUUUGACCGGUACCAUUGCUUGUACUUAACAGUUUUAGCUAUUUUUGCAGAUAUGGAGUUCGAAGAGUUCGCCAUCCCCGACGACCAACCAGCAGGGGAGACUGGGGGCUCCCAAGCCAACACUGCCAGGACCUUCCCGGUCAAUCCAGAGACCGUGGAAAUCCUUGAUGAAGACGAGCCCCAAGACAACCGGUCUAAGGGGAAGGAGAAGGAGAAGACCGGUCGGCGAACGAAGAAGGUCGCCACCACGCACCCUUCUUAUGCUAAGAAGAGGGCAUGGCCGGAUUCUGAGCCGGCCGGUCAGACCAUCGAAGAGGCCUUCAUCAACCUGGGGCUGAGGCUAAAGGAGGCGGGGGAGAUUGGGCCGCACACAGUGGACCGGUUGGGGAUGAGUUCCCCUUCUGAAAUCGACCGGCUGAAGAAGGAGAAAGAACAGAUGACACUCAUCCUGAGGAGCCAGGCUGAUGAGCUGAUCCGGCUGUCUGGGCUGGCCGGGGCAAUGAAGACCGAGAUCUUCCAACUGAAGGAGGAGAAUGGCCGACUCCUGGACGAAGUCUCUGAAGCCAAGAGGGAAGUAGUGGAGAAGGAAGAAACCUUCCCCGGGCGCGCAUCUGCCUGGGUGGAAGAGAAUAAGGCCGAAGCCGCCCGGGUGAUGACGGCGAGCCCAGAAGCGACCAUGGAAUCCUUCAAGCUUUUGUACCGGGAGCCUGAAGGAAAGAAGAUGAUAACCGCGAUUGGGUCCUUCGGAUUCAAAAGCGGCCAAAAGAAAGACCGGGCAGCCUCCCACCGGAUCCUCCUGAAGAGAGACCCGGCCUUCACCGCAGCUUCCUAUGGCCUGGCUCCCAUCCCGAAGGAAGAGCCAACUCCCCCUUUCCCCCUAGAUUAGGAUCUCCUUGGCUGCGCCCGGUUGUUUUUUGUAAAACUUGAAACCUUAUCAAUUUCCCCGGGUAUGCCCGGCGUACUUGUAAACAUUUGACAUUUCCAAAUUUAAAUGCCAUGUUUAAUUUCCUUACCAGUGAAUCUUCCAUAUCUGCCUGCUUGUUGAUUUAU